UCAGCUUCACAAGUUUCUUAUCUUCUACUCCCACUAGAUUCUAUUCUUCAAAAGAAACUUCAAUUAGGCUCACAACCACCUCCACACACUUCCAAAAACAAAGAACCCUAAACUCAAAAGGUUCUUCUUUCUUCUUCUUCUACCUUACAGUUUCUUGUUCUUGAAACUUAGGGUUAAUUUUUUUUUCUCUCUCAAAUCACUUCUCCAGACCUUAAAGAUCAGAUCUUUCCUCAGAAAAAGAGAUACCCGAGUCAUGUUUUUGUGUGUCUGAAUAUAGAUAAGACAUCACAUAUCGAUAUAUAUAUUUGUGUGUGUAAAAGAGGAAACAAAGAAAAAAUGGGAAGGGGAAGAGUAGAGCUGAAGAGAAUAGAGAACAAAAUCAACAGACAAGUAACGUUUGCUAAACGUAGGAACGGUCUGUUAAAGAAAGCUUACGAGUUGUCUGUUCUUUGCGAUGCUGAGGUGGCUCUCAUCAUCUUCUCCAACCGUGGCAAGCUCUAUGAGUUUUGCAGCUCCUCAAACAUGAUCAAGACACUGGAACGGUACCAGAAAUGCAGUUAUGGUUCUAUUGAAGUCAACAACAAACCUGCCAAAGAACUUGAGAAUAGCUACAGAGAGUAUCUGAAGCUUAAGGGUAGGUAUGAGAGCCUUCAGCGCCAGCAAAGGAAUCUUCUUGGGGAGGAUUUAGGACCUCUCAACUCAAAGGAACUAGAGCAGCUUGAGCGUCAACUAGAUGGAUCUCUCAAGCAAGUUCGCUCCAUCAAGACACAGUACAUGCUUGACCAGCUCUCUGAUCUUCAAAGCAAAGAGCAAAUGUUGCUUGAAACCAAUAGAGCUUUGACAAUAAAGCUGGAUGAUAUGAUUGGUGUGAGAAGUCAUCAUAUGGGAGGAGGAGGAGGAUGGGAAGGCAAUGAACAGAAUGUUCCGUACGAGCAUCAUCACCAAGCUCAGCCUCAAGGACUAUUCCAGCCUCUUGAAUGCAAUCCUACACUGCAGAUAGGGUAUGACAAUCCAGUAGGCUCGGAGCAGAUAACUGCAACAACACAAGCUCAGGCGCAGCCAGGAAACGGUUACAUCCCAGGCUGGAUGCUCUGAGUGUCACAUUAUGAGAGUCAAUGUGAUCAACCUCACCAAACAAAAGAUCUGUUUUAAAAUAAUAAAUAGUAGUAUAGACACCAGACUUGGAUUUAUAUACAUAAGAAAGUGGCUAUGUAUAAUGUCCUAAGGAUCUGGCAGGACUUAAGUGUCUUUUGGGAAACCUUGCUACAUAUUUAAGGAUUGAAAUGUGUGGAACUUGUUUUACCUUUUGAAUCUAAUUACUUAAGUA